AUGAGCUCUCGAUGGGCCAGUACGGUGGAGGACGCAGCAUUGGCUGAACAGCGCAAACAAGAGAAGCUUGAGAGGAAGCGCGUCAAGGAAGAGAAAGCGCGACAGGAAGCGGAAAGAGCCGCGGAAGCUGCUGCAGCACAAGAAGCCCGCGGAGACUACGAGGAGAGCCCUCGCCCUUCGAAGCGGCGCCGAGUGUCUCCGUCACCACCGCCUGAACCGGAAGCCCAUCUGCUCUCGUUGCCCUCAACGACGUUCGGCCCAGCAGCAUCCGUUAAUAACUACGAGAUCCUCAACGCGAUCGAGGAAGGAUCCUAUGGCAAGGUCUCACGAGCUCGGAUCAAGACUUCGGGCGAGAUUGUUGCUCUAAAGAAGCUCAAGAUCAAUCCUUCAGCAGACGAGGGCUUCCCUGUCACCGGCCUCCGGGAGAUCCAGACGCUCAACGCCUGCUCGCACCUGCACAUCAUCGAUCUGAAAGAAGUCGUGACUGGCGACACUUUGACAGAUGUCUACCUCGUGAUGCCCUUCGUCGAACACGACCUCAAAACGAUUCUGUCCACCAUCUCAGAGCCUUUCCUGCCAUCUGAGACAAAGUUGAUGCUGCAACAGCUCACCUCAGCACUGGUAUAUCUGCAUGCCCGCCACAUCCUCCAUCGCGAUCUGAAGACUUCUAACUUAUUGUUGAACAACCGUGGCGAGCUCAAACUGGCUGAUUUUGGCAUGGCAAGAUACACGUCUACGCCUCCACCACGACACUUGACGCAGCUUGUCGUCACGUUGUGGUAUCGAUCACCCGAGUUGCUUCUUGGGACAAGGACAUACGACGCCGCCGUUGAUGUCUGGUCGCUAGGCUGUAUAUUUGCCGAGUUGUUGACCAGAGAACCAUUGUUCCAGGGAAAGAACGAAGUUGAUCAGCUAGCCAAAAUCUUCUCCCUCCUCGGCACUCCAACCAGCGGGUCGUGGCCGGGCUUCAGAUCUUUACCCAACGCAAAGGCCCUCCAUCCAGUCCUGUCCAAGGCGCCUGAGUUGUCGUCGCGAUUGUCGGCGACAAAGUUUCCGUAUCUCACGUCUGCUGGCCUCCAGCUUCUCACGGACUGCUUGUCUAUGAACCCUCAAGGCCGGCCGACGGCAGAGGAUGUGCUCUAUCAUAGGUACUUCAGCGAGGAACCACGUCCCAAGGCAAAGGAGAUGUUUCCAACUUUCCCGAGCAAGGGCGGACUAGAAAGUCGACGGAAAGCAGCGUCUCCCCUAGCGCCUGCACGAGGCGAAGCACCUAACUUUGAGGCACGAGACCUUGAGAAUGUGUUCUUCGAUGUCCAUCGAUGA